AUGCCAGCCAGGGGAGGUAUGCCUGGGGCCGGAGCGCCAGAUCACGGAGGUGAUGCCCGAGGGGUCUUCAGCAAUCCUCUCAUGUUCAAAGACACCUUCCAAGAGCUCUCAUCGGCGUUCACCAAAGCCAUUCACGCGGUCGAGGAUGAGUCCCGGUCAGGCGUAGGAUCAGUGGGCAAGGCAUUGGUCGAUGCGCUCAAGGAGAGAAGGGCGGAGAUUGAUGGGUGGUUGCAGGGGAAGAAUGUGCCUGGUGCCGAGGGCGGAGAGAAGAAUGACGACGUGACGAGGAAGGAGGAUAAGGCGACUGGGCUGUAUGCGGACUAA